AGGAAACUUCCGGUUUUGCAGUUGUUUUGAUUAUUUAUUGUGAUGGCUCAACCAACAAAUCCAGCGUGGGAGUCGAAUUUUACAAACGUUAAAAAGACACUUUUUCAGUCUCCAAGUGUUCAAGAAAAUGCCCGCGGUUCAGGUGGAAUUGACUCUGUUACAGAGGAGGCACUGAUGAGCAGGUUACAGAUGGAACAAGACAUCAGCGCCAAACUUAAUGGUCUUCAAAAAGAAUUGCAAGAGCAGAGAUUGAGUCAGCUUCGACAGUUGCUGAAGACUGUGGCCGAUGAGGAUUGGAAGUAUCCGAGUGUUAACAAGUUGAUAGGUCUUGAGUGACAUAAUUAACAGCAUCUGUGAUGGAUUGACAUGCACACCGGUUAAUGUCUCAAUUGGUUUUAAACUGAUGUUGUCGCAGAUGUUCUUAAGUCUGUAACAAAACAUGUUGUUGUUUAAUAUGAAGUAAUGGCCUGAAAUACACAUGCAAUGGGUUGACGUUUAGUGCUGUAAGUCCUUAACAAAACAUGUUGUGGUUUAUUAAGAAGUAAUGGCCAGAAAUACAUACACAGCAAAGGGAAGACGUUUAUUGAUACUGGUGCUGUAAGUGGUGGUAAGUGAGGAUUGAAGGUACACGAAAAUGAGCAACAAAUGAGUUGGUCUGGAAGUGCAGUAAUAAACAGCCUAAUUAUAGCUAGCAUUACAUGUUUUCCUGAAGUAGCAACAAGUUAAUUGGUUUUGGAUGACAGGACUGAUGCUUCACUCCAUCAAUCAACCAUUUGACUCGUACUUACAUCCACUGAAGGUUCAAGCACGACUGUCUUGGGCACACAGAUUCUCCAUUGAAUCUGUCCAAGACUGAUGCUUGAUGAAAGCUGGAACUACAUCGAUGUGAAGUAGUUACAAGUAAAUGAUGCCUACUCAAAGCUGGAACUAAAUCACAGGUGAAGUAGCGACAAGUUAAUUGGUUUUGGAUGAUAGUACUGAUGCUUGAUGAAAGCUGGAACUACAUGUGAAGUAACAAGUAAAUGAUGCCUACUCAAAGCUGGAACCAAAUCACAGGUGAAGUAGCAACAAGUUAAUUGGUCUGAAAGACAAACCAUACAACUGCAAGAUGAUGUCUGGAAAUUCACCUGAAUUAAUAGCAAGUUGAUACAUAUUCCAUCAUAGGCAUUUUCUGUUGUGAAAAGCUAGAUACGCAAGAAGUAAUGAUGUCAGUUGGUUUAUAUUUGUAUCUUAAACUUCUGAAAUGGCUGACCUCAAUAUCUGAUUGCAUCCUGGUGCAAUAUGAUAUUCUUUGUAUCAAAGCUUCAUUUUGUUAAGUAUAAAGAAGUAGCAAACAAUUGCGUAUGUAUGUAUGUAUGUAUGUAUGUAUAUUCAUAUGGUAUCCAUUUGUGAGAGAGACAGAGGGAGAGAAUGAAUACCUGUAUGUGUAGUGGAACAUAAUAUAUACAUGUAUGUAUUUAUAUACUAUUCAUGUUUGUAUUUGCAAACAUUUUUAUACAUACUUUUAUAUGCAGAUUAUGCAGGUGUGUGUGUGCAUGAAAGGAUGUGUGUGUGUGUGUGUGUGUGAUAAAUUUAUAUUAUCUGUGCUUUAUUAUAAAUGUAAAUAAUGAUAUCAUUGCCCCAACUCUGAUAUUACUAAAUUGCUCUGAGCAAUUAAAAAUAAAAAAGUAAAGAAGAA